CUUUCCAGGUUUUCGCAUCGUGAGUUUCGCACACAUCAAGAUUUAGAAGAAGAAGCAGUGAACAAUAAGCGAGAGAUUGAAAGAAAGAAAGAACUCAGCGACGAUGAACCUUUCCGUUAUUCCAUUCCUGCUCCUGGCGCUUAUACUCUCUGAUUCAGCUGUUCUGAUGGAAGGAUCUACACCAACGCUCCCAACAUCAUCACCAACAUCAACACCUCUACUACCACUAUCAACAUCAUCAUCAUUACCUUGGAAUGAGACACAACCACCACUACAAACAUCACCACCACCACAACCAUCACUUCUACCACAACAAACGACGGAUGCAACUUCACUGCCUUCGAUAUUACCAUCAUCAGCGUCACCAUCACCACCAUCUACAACAACACCAAGAACAACACCACCAGUGUAUUGGAUGAUGUUUGCUUCUUCUACCUCAGCCUACUCUACAUGUCCUGAGUCUGAUCAGAUCCACUGCGGUACCAGUGACAGAUGCACAAGGAUCAGGUACAUCUGUGAUGGGGACAACGAUUGCGGUGACGGUACUGACGAGUCUUCCGCUCUAUGCAGAGUAUGGAGGAACAACGACUGUGACCGUAACCUGGCUCAAUGCAACCGCCUGGGACGUUCGGAUUGUGUCACCAUCAGCAACUAUUGUACUCUCACCGAUCCACCAUGCGAGGGCACCCUGGAUAUGCGUCUGUGUGUGAUGCUGAGGAACGGCAAGAUUCAGUCUUUGUACUCCAUAGAGUUGCCCACUACCACGUCCAGCACCACCAUGGCACCCACCACGCACUUACCCCUGCAUGUCAUGGAGGAGAUGUGGAGCAACGAAUUUGAGGAGAAAUUAUCCCAAACCAUCAGCCAUCCUGACUGCCCACAACUCUAUACUCGUGUCGGGAACCAGUGUCUUUCUGUUUUCUUUAUUGGGAAUAUGACAUGGCUUGAGUCCCGCGCUUUCUGUCGUGCUAUUGGUGGGGAUCUAUUCACCCUUGGAAAAGAUCUUACUUCCUUCACUACCCUCGUCCAACACCUUACUCUCAACGGAGUGACUGCAGACUUUUGGAUUGGAGGGCGUUUUGUCAAUGAAACAGCAGGAUGGAUGUGGGUGGAUAACACACCACUUACAAUGGGUUCCCCAUUCUGGGCGGUCAGGUAUAACGAAGAUUGCUCAACUCGACUUACACCUUAUCUCAACCGCACACGACCAGCCAAUGACGGAACGUGUUACCACUACCAGCAGGCACCAGCAACAUUAUCAACCCAACAUUGUGUUGCCUCCACCUACCAACAUUACUUCUACCUCACCGAUGAAAACUGCUUCAGCAAGAAGAGCCCUCUGUGCGUUAUGCCUGGAGAGAAAAAGAAACAAGCACAUUAAAUAUCAUGUGUUGUUUUUAGCAACUAUGUUAUCAACCAAUAUGGUCAUUAUAUCUUAAAAUGUGAACAAAAAAUAAACUUCUUUUAAAAAAGUAAA